UCUGCUCGGAGGGGGAUUGAGCGCUGCAGACGGACACAGAAGGAGAAGCGUGUGUUUAUGUAAAACCGAGAGGUGGAUUUCAAAAGCACUGAUGGGAUGUGAACAAACGACAAACAGCAACUGAAAGAACAACACUUGGGAUCAACUCUGACGGCAAAGAACAGAAUUCAAAGGACGUCUGAUGGCCAUGCAAUGUAAUACAAGAGCUGCAUCUCAACCAACGGACUACUGAGUGAUUCUAAAGCGUGAACACGUGCAUGAAUUCAGAAGUUCAAUGUGUUGAAACUCUGACUCUUUAAGAAACGUUUGAAACAAAAAGGACUGGAAGUUCAAGGCGAUGUCUUUUGCCAUGGUGCGCCCGGCCCCUAGCCGCUACCUGUACUCCGAGAUCUCCAUGAUGUCCGAGGACGAUGAAAACGGCAGCGAGAGUUCAGGCUCUGACGACCGCUCGUUUCGCUUGGACACCUCGGGGUACGAUCUGAAAAUCGGCGGCAGAAAAAGGAAACCCGGCGGACGGCUGGUAGGAGAGCCACCUGUAUCCGCCGUCACGACGGGUUUGAUUGUCCCCGAGGGCCGGCAACGCAACACGGCCAACGCACGGGAGCGAGACCGCACCAACAGCGUCAACACCGCUUUCACGGCAUUGAGGACUCUUAUCCCCACGGAACCGGCCGACCGGAAGCUGUCCAAGAUCGAGACUCUGCGGCUGGCGUCCAGUUACAUCUCGCACCUGGGAAACGUGCUGCUGGUGGGGGAGGCCUGCGGGGACGGACAGCCGUGUCACAGCGGGGGACCGUCCACCUCCAACUACUACCACCAUCACAGCUCUCCAAGCCGAGACUCAGAGAACGCUCAACCCAAACAGAUCUGCACCUUCUGCCUCAGCAACCAGAGGAAAGUGAGCAAAGACAGAGAGAGAAAGUCAGCCCUGAGGAGUUGAACAGAUUCACGAACCCUCAACGCAAACCUGUGUGUGUAUAUAUGCAAAUAUCCAUACAUAUUUAAUUAUUUCUACGUCGACUUUGGACUCGUGUGAUUUAACGGAGGGAAAAGAAAUACUGGAAAGAGCUGAACAUUUUGCCACGACUUUCCAGCACAUCAACUGCAACGGCAACAUUUCUGUUCUGGGAGUUCAUGCUUUUCACCAAAGACUAUCAAAGCAAGCGAAACCUUUAACAAGGUCAAAAAUAAUCACGUGACCGUCCCGGGAGAUACGGACUCGAACUUUGCAAAGCGAUCCGUGGAAGAACAUUCAUCUGGUAUCAAAGCCACGGGUGGAUCACAUUAUUUCUUACGAAUUUGUUAAAGACACUUAGCCUGACUAUGAAAUGACAAUAUGUUUAAUAAACGCUGUAUACUGUAUGUCUUAUAUGGCAAUUUACAUAUAUUCUUUCUUGGUUAAAUUAAAACUAAAUAUUGGACAAGUGGAAAGAAUUUCUUCUCGGUUUCUUUUUGGCCGGACUCGCGUCAUCUCUAAGAGAAGACUUUGGACAUGUCUGCGUGCGUCUGGAAGGCCUGUCAUUUAAAGCAACACCUCAUUACAGCUAGAAAAACACGAGCCGUCCAAAUACAAAUCAAACUCUGGACACAUCUUACGUUGGGGGUCCGCUCACCAGAACGAUUUCAUUUCACAUUCUCCUUCUGAUUUUAAUCUAGCUCAGCCUUCACAAAGUUCAGCAGAGAUAUUCAGAUAUUGCAUAUAUCUAUACUUCAUACAGAAUUGAGCCAUUCUUACAGAUAUGGGCUGUUGUUUAUUUGUCUAUAGAACUGACACGAGGAGGACAAUGUAUAAAACUUUUUUAAAGAUUCA